AUGACUUUGCUGUGCGGCAUACCAGCAGUCACAGCAAAACAAUGUACUGCGUUUUCAAAUGUUGGUACCACUGUCCAGUUGGGUGCAAGCUUUCAAGUGUUCUGCAUCUUUGGCAGAAACACGAAAGACAGAUGCACUAGACCGUCUAUUCACGUGAAUUCAAAUGAGAUUUUUGUUCGCACUGAGCACAAUUCUACAACAUUAUUUGUUAAUGUUUCUAAUAUAACGGAGAAUAGAACUUACUCUUGCAAAUGUGGAACUGAGCUCUGUGGACUUGACCUGGACACUGGGUACCCACCUGACAUACCUCAGAGCUUGACAUGCAUUCAGAAAGGAGAAACUGGAAAUGUAACGUGCACAUGGAAAAGGGGAAGGGAAACCUAUCUUCAAACCACAUCAAGUCUAUGGGUGAAGACUCAAGUUCAUAACAGCACAGCAAGGGUCACCUCCAUACCUGGAUCAGGCAAUGUGACUUUCCCUGUCUUUGAGUCUCAGGCUCAAUACUCAGUGUGGGUCAAUGCGUCAAACAAAUUGGGAUCUGUGGUCUCCAGCUGUCUGAACUUCACGCUUAAUGACAUAGUCAGGCCCAUGCCUCCACACAUAACUAGAAUGGAUUGUUCCUCUUGGUACUGCAUGCUCCUCUGGGAUGACAGAUGGAAGUCAUUGCUCCUGCAGGUCCGGCAUCGAGUGGUCCAGGGAAUUUGGACCACCCACACCCUCACUGCAAAUGCAAGCAGGACUUGGAAUAUUUCUGACCUUGUGCCUGCCACAGUGUAUGAGGUCCAGGCCAGGUGCAAGUUAGGCCCAGAGAGAGGAGUAUGGAGUGAUUGGAGCCCUGUCAUCACGAGCAAAACUGAUGAAGAAGUACCACUAAAGAAGCUGGACAUGUGGUACACCGAAGAGUACUCCCAAUCCCAGAAGAAAUCUUUUAGGGAGCUGAGUGAGCCUGAAGCCAGAGGGAGGAUCCUGGGGUACAGGCUGAAGGUCCGGGAUCUGCAGAAGGGGAGCACCUGGGAAAGCGACAUCGACAGUGGCAAAGACUUGCCAAUCAGCUGCUCCCGCUGUGCUGUCACACUGUCUGCCUAUAACUCCAAAGGCCAUUCUCCCCCCACCGACAUGACCAUACCUCUUUCAGCUCACAGUGCUCUGGCCCCUCGGAAUGUCAGCUACACUCCGUACUACACUAACUACAGCAUCGCCAUCUCCUGGCAGAAACCUGCAAGUGCAGGUCCUGUUAAUGGGUAUCUUGUGGAGUGGCACCAAGCGAACAGACGGAAGAAGGGCCUCAUGUGGUUGAGGGUGGGUCAGGACCAGCUCAGUGCUGUCAUUACAGAGAACAUACAGCCAGGUGAAUGCUAUCAAGGGGCUGUGUAUGCAUUGUAUGAAAGCAUGAUGGGAAAGGCAGAUUUCGUGGAUGCCUAUUCUUGGCAAUCAGUUCCAACAAAGGGUCCUGUCCCUAAAGAGACAGUGGAGGGUGGCAGGGUGACUGUGAGUUGGGAAGCGAUCCCAUGGGAACACCAAAGAGGGUGCAUCAAGAGCUACACAAUCUACCUCAAACGGGGAGAAAACAUUAUUAACUAUGGUCCAAUAGGUCCCUCCGUGAGAAACUACACCAUUAUGAGUGGCUUGCAGCCUGGAGUGCAGCAUACCUUGUGGAUGACAGGUUGGACAGCUGCAGGAGAAGGACCCAGUGGAGAGAUGAAGGUCUUCUACCCGCCCCAGGAAGAACAGCAGGGGAUGCUUAUCCUCACAGCGGGCAUUUCCACUUUCCUUGUGUGUUUAGUUGUCAUGAGCCUGUGUCAGAUCCCUUCAGUCCGGCAAAGAGCAUCUGCGUGUUGUUUCUGCUUAAUGCCAGACAUCAUUCCCGAUCCUGCCAACAGCAAAUGGGCAAAGGAGUAUGUGGCGGUCAAGGGUCAGAUGACGUUGGACUAUACGAUGUGCCUCAGUGAUUCCACUCUGAGUGAAGAGGAGCCUUAUACUGUUCAGGUACAGGAGUGCCAAGAUUGGCCCUCAAGGAAUCCAGAGCUCAGUAGAGCCUCACUUUCAGGAGAGGCCACUACUGUGAUGCAUCUCCGACUCCAACCCGAUCAGGACUUGCAGGACUUGCCCUCGUACCAAGGCCAGCCGUCAUGCCCCUACAUCAAGAGCUUCUCGCACGAGUCGGAUAGCUCAGAACAGACACACGAGUCCAGGAGCACAGAGGUGACUGUGGACUAUAUUUCCUCUCACGGACUGCUGGCUGAAGGCGGAGAGGAGGUGGAGGAUGAGGAGGAUGUGCUAAACUUCUUCCCCUGUACCCAGAGCCUGUUCCUGGAGCCUCUUACGUCAUUUGGGGGAAACCUGACUUUAGAUGCAGUGAAAAUAGACUGUAGCGGUUUCAUGGACUAA